AGGGGGGGGGGGGGCACAUUUGGUAAGCACCUACUGUGUGCCCAUCUUUCUGCGGAGGUCCCUCGACAGAGUGGGUUCCCAGCAAGGGAAGCUCUGUGCAGACCGAGAGGGCUCCUGGAGUGGGCAAGUUUAAGGGGGGCUCUCUAGAGAGCCGAGAGCUCAGAGGGUCCCCCUUGUAGCCAGUAGCCCACGGGUGAAGGGGCCGCUGGACAAAGACCUGACGGAGUGGGAGGGGCCUGCGGGCCGGCCCUCGGGCUCCGGACACAGGAUCCUUCGGGGACCCGAACCCGCAGAUCCUGGCUCCCCACCCCCCAAUCCCGCAGGCUCCCCCCAGAGCCGGACGCUCGCUAUUGCUGCAGCCUGCGCACCAAAGGGGGCGGCGAAGAGGGUGCCCGUCGGCGGCGGAGACGAGAGCCCCCUUGUCGGCCCUCCCCCUCCCCCCGGGAAGUGACCCUCGGCUCCCACGCACCCGCCCGGGUCUCUGGCUGGCCUUGCCCUUCGACCCUCGCCUAGUUGAACCCCGCGCCCCGCAGCCCCCGCCCUCUCUGGCCCUCACACUGCCCCGCGCCCGCGGACAAAGCUCCGGACACCCCGACCGAACGGUCACCACCCCCUGACCCCGGCCCGCCCGCGCGCUCCCGUGUCUGCCCCCGCCCGGGCCCGCGGCUCCGUACCUCGGCAUCCCGGCCGGGUCCUAGGAUGCCUUGGCUCUGAAUCCUGAGGACACUGUCCCUGAAUCCUUACUAGGCCAUGGCCACUGCUCCCUCGGCAUGGCCCUGAGCUGAGCCAGGAAGGGGCUGGUCAGUGAGAACCUUGAACUCCUGUGCUUGGACCCUUCCCCCCAACACAUCCACUAAGAGUGCAACAGAUGGCACCCGCGUGAGGCAGAGCGACGGGUCUUCUUGCCCCCCGGGCUGGAAGAGGAAGAGCGGCCGUUGUGCCGGGGAGGGCCGGACAUGUCGGAGGCAUCGUCCUGCCCUGGCAGCGAGACCCCUGCCCCAGGCUGCAGGCUGGGGGCCUUGUACUGGGCCUGUGUCCGCAAUGAUCCUGUCCAGCUCCAAGCCGCAUUGGAUGGUGGGGUCUCCCCGGAGGAGGCCGUCCAGGUGGAUGGCAAUGGGAGGACAGGUCUUAUGGUCGCCUGCUACCGCGGUUUUGAGAAUGUUGUGGCCUUGCUCAGCCGCUGCCCUUUCCUCGAUGUGAACCAGCAGGAUAAGGAAGGGGACACAGCCCUCAUGCUGGCUGCCCAAGCAGGUCAUGUGCCUCUGGUGAGUCUCCUGCUCAACUACUACCCAGGCCUGGACCUGGAGCGCCGGGACCAGCGGGGGCUAACGGCACUGAUGAAGGCCGCCAUUCGGAACCGUUCGGAAUGUGUGGCGGCCCUCCUCCUGGCAGGUGCUGAGCUGACAGCGGUGGAUCCUGUCCGGGGCAAGACAGCCCUAGAGUGGGCAGUACUGACUGACAGCUUCGACACCGUGCAAAGGAUCCGGAAGCUGCUGCGGCGCCCCCAGAUAGAACAGCUCAGCCAGCAUUACCAGCCCGAGUGGCCAGCCCUGCCUGGGCUCGUGGCCCAGGCCCAGGCCCAGGCCCAGGCUGCCCCAUCUCUUCUAGAGCGACUCCAGGCCACCUUGAGCCUCCCCUUUGCCCGGUUUCCUCAGGAGGGGGGUGUCCUGGACCACCUUGUGACCAUCACGACCAGCCUGGCCAGUCCCUUCCUCACCACUGCCUGCCACACCCUGUGCCCUGAGCACCCACCUGCACUGGGCACCCGAAGCAAGUCUGUGCCAGAGCUGCUAGGCACUGCCCCUCCCCCGCCCCCAGAUCCCCAGCCCCCCCAGGUAGCCACUGGCCCCCGGGCCCUCAUCCCCUACCAGAGCCCUCAGGGCGUGUUGAGUAUGUGCCCUCAGUGGCUACAACCCAGGGACGAUAGCAGCCCCAGGCCCCAAGCUCCAAAGAUCCGCCUCUCCAAGGCACCCUCAUCGCCCAGACAGCACAAGCCAGAGUCCAGGCCUGGAGAGAAUCGAAGGUUGGCCCUUCCUAUCUGGAGAUAUCAGGAACUCAGGAUGGAGAGGAGGAAGCAGGAGGAGGAGGCCAGGCGGGCACAAAGUCAGGGAAAGAUGGGCUAGGCCAGGCUGGGAGCAGGUGAUCAGGUCCCUCCCUAAGGCUCCUUUGCCCUCUGGAGCCCCUUGUGCUCUCCCAUCCAGAUCUGUACAAAUGAUUCUACUCUAAUCUACUUAGGAGGUUGUCCACACAGCGCUAUUUGCAAUACUAAGAGUGGAAACAACCUAAGUGUCCAUCAGCAGGGGACUAGCUAAAUUGCUUAUGGCUGUGAUAAGUAUACAUCCAUAUGAUGUAUUUUAUACGGUGGUAAAACGAGUAAGGAAGCUCUUUACGUUCUGAUAUGAAACUAUCUCUAAGAGGUAUUAAGUGAAAGUCAUCAAUGGGUGGAACAGCGUGUAUGGCAUGCUACUACUUGUCCAUGUAAAAUCUGCACCAAGAGAAACUUGACCAAUACAAAUAUAUAGGGAGUACCAAGAUGUAUUUAAGUACUUGAUGAAUGAAGGAUCAAAGGAGGAAAUGAAAAACCAUUACUGACAGUGGAAAUACGAAUCCCAGAAUGAGAUUGAAAAGUUAGGUACAAAAAAAGUUAAUUCUUACCCGGCAAUAACACCAUAACUUUUUUUUUUUCUGCCAGACAAAAAUAAAUUGCUGCUUAUCA